AUUUAGAUAAUCAAUUUCAGGAAUAUCUGUGGAAUCUUGUUAGCCAGGAGCUAGUUUGGGGUUAAGGAUUCUCAAGUCUUUUUAUCAAACUUAGGAAAAAGAUGGUAUCUAGGUUGUGGUUAAGAAAGAAGGGCACCUAAUGUGUUUAGGGUUAUACACAAAAGAUUCCUCAAAAGUAAUAAAUACAUAGGUAUCAUAAGCAAUAAUUAAAACUGAAAUUCUUUAUCUUAUUGAGAUCGGAGUCUUUGAAUGAAACAGUCAUAAAGUAAAUUUUGCUUUAAGUGCUCUGCCUAGUUCUAAGCAUCCUGGCUUAAGAAGAACAGUGAUAAACUGGGCGAUAUUGAUAAACUGGAAUGCAUCCCGAGAGGAAGUUGAUAAAUAUCAUGGUAGGUUUGCUGCAAUCCUGUAGUCUUUAAUGGUUAUGUAGAAGAAAGAAUUUACACAGGCUGUUGCUUGUCACCGCAUUAGAUAAAAAGUAACACCUGCUGAAAUUCCUUCUUCUUCUCAACUAUUAAAGAUGCAAAUACGAUUUCCAAUUUUCAUUCUGGCAAUCCUAAAUGAGAGACCUAAAAAACGAGCCCUGGAAGGAAAGUCUAAAACACCUAGCUAUGCAUAGGUGCAGAGAAAUGUGGAUGCCACAGAAAAUGAACCCAACAGGUUCUCAUUUGUCGCGUACUCGUCAAGUAUGUGGCCGACCGGCUGCCCUGAAUAGGAAUGUUGGGGGUGAGGACUCCAUAGAAGGCGAGUGGCCGUGGCAGGCUAGUGUGAGGAAGAUGGGCAAACAUAUAUGUGGAGGGGCUCUGAUCACCCAUGAGUGGGUUGUGACAGCAGCACAUUGUUUCCGACCAGAUGAUGAUCCAUACCAAUAUACUGUGAUGUUAGGUGCCAACAAACUGGAAAAUUCCCAGCCCCAAAAGCAAUCCAUAGGGGUUGGAAAUAUCAUCAGAAACCCACGGUAUGCAGGGGAGGCUACAAGUGGAGACAUUGCCUUAGUACGGUUGAUUCGUCCAGUGAGGUUCACAAAUUACAUCAUUCCAAUAUGUGUGCCUACAGCCAAUGUGGAGUUUCCCCCAGGCAUGAAGUGCUGGGUCACUGGAUGGGGAGACAUCAGUGAAGGACAGGACCUACCUUCUCCAAAGAAACUCCAAAAACUCCAGGUGCCCAUAAUAGACACCCAAACCUGUAGAAGACUUUACAAUAUUGAUAUGGGACAGAGCUUGCCCCGGAAACAAAUCCAAAAUGAUAUGAUGUGCGCUGGAUAUGCGGAGGGCAUGAAGGAUACAUGCAAGGGUGAUUCUGGAGGCCCGCUCAUGUGCAAGAUUAACCGGGAAUGGCUCCUGGCUGGUAUUGUGAGCUGGGGAGAAGGCUGUGCUGAGAGGAACCGUCCUGGUGUGUACAUUCGCUUGACUUCAUACCAGGACUGGAUUGGAAGGAUUAUUCCUGAUCUUCAGUUUGUUGAUGCUAGGAAGUCUAACAACAAAAUCAAGAAUCAAGGCCUCAGUGGAGCUGAUGGGAGGGAGACAAGCUUCUUUCUCAUAGCUCUGCUUAGUAUGUUGGUGUGGACUCUCAAUAAUGUCUUGGCACUGGCAUAGAAUUUAUGGAAUGAACUCAUCACAGGUGGACAGUGUUAUGAAAUUAUUCCUCUUUUCAUCUUCCCAUCUCUCCAUAACUCCUAAUUUUGUCAUAAUCACUGCUCUGUUCUCCUUAACAUCAAGAGCACAAAGAGAAGCAUCCCAAAUUGGAAAUGUCUGAUGAUUUAGUGCUAACUGGUCAACACAGAUUUCUGUACAAUAGUCUUUUUCACCAGCUAACAAUACCUGUUUGUCCCCAUUGCACCAUGCGUUCCUGUUGUUCAACAACUUUCUCCUUGCUGUUUCUAUUGACAACUGGGACUUCAGUUUCCCUUUGUAUGUUCUUAAAUAUGAGCCAGAGCCAACAUAAGGCUAGGUGGACAUAAAUAAGUCCACCUACCCUUGUGUAUGCCUUUUUCUGGACAUUGAGAGGUUUGUAUUCUCUUCCACUCUCUGCAACAAGAAAAUUCAUCCGCAUCCUCCAAGAUUAAUAGUUUUGCUAUAGUAUUCCUCCUGAACAUCCAUUCCAUAGCUGAUGGAGAGCUAUGGAAUCUUUUGGUGUCUCAGCAAAGUACCAAUCCCAGGAGUCCAUAAUAUUGAGCCCUGGCACUUGAAGUGGUCUUUUUCUGGACAUUGAGAGGUUUGUAUCCUUGUUGGAUUAUUUGUCCACAAUUUUCUGGGCUUCUAGUAGAGGUCCUUGCCAAUAGUAAUUGCCUUUCAAACUGAGAGGUGAAUCUAGGACUUACUACUUUGCAAUGCUUCAAUAUGAAUAUAGUGCCAUUUCCCCUUUAGAUUGGGAUACAGCCUCAGUCCUAAUUUUUUUCUGCCUUCUACCUGUGAAGGUAAAGAAGGAAGUCCCCUCCAUAGGUUUUCUCCCCACAGGUAGAAAAUCAGCUGCUACAUUUCAAGCAAACUCACAAUAGGAACAGCUUUUUCUAACUUUACAUCCUGCCUGUGGGACUGUUUUACAUUUAACAAUGACAACAGCAACAACAACAACAACAUGCCACAACCAGCUGUUGGGGAGAAGAACCAUAUCCUUGGACCACACAUAUAGCAUAAUCCUCAAUUACAUUGUCAGAAAAGCUCAAGCUGUUCCUUCACAGGUCGCCUAAGCCAUGUCUAAGGCUUACUAGAUUAUUUAUGUCAUCGCCAGGCAAUUUUCGAUUUAUAUCUAAAAUGAUCCUGGAUGAUAUAAAUCUCAGAGAAAUAUGUCCAGUUGAGUCACCAAGUGCUUGCCAAUUUGGGUGGAAUAGUAAGGUGGGGAAUAUAAACAUUGAUAGGCAUUAGGUGAAACCUGCUAAAUGGUAAACUGAUGGCAGGAGGCCAAGGUGAGUUGGAAAACCAUUCUUCUGGACAAACCCUAAGAACUGUUUUUAUACCAUAGGCCACAUUUCCCCAAGCACAGUCUUUUGAAGUAGCAGGCUUGGUAGCUGUCAUUAUAAAAAAUAUAAUCAUCUAAUAGUAUUUCUUUCAGAAACCAGGUCUUUUGGAAUACAAUUAUUUUGAUGGGAGAAGGUAGCCCCAAAAAGAAAUCAUGCAAUUUAUUUGAUUUAUAGCUCUUCAUGAAAUUCCCACAUGUAUUUCUCUCUGCACAUAUUUUCUCAAAACAUUUCUCAAAACUGCACAUAUUUGACUUACAUUACAAACUACUCUUUAAUUUAAUAAAAAUAACCCUGUAAAAGUAGGAGCCAAUUUCUUGAAACAGGCACACAUGGAGUGCUGGUGAGCUGUUUUCUGAUCCUCUUGUCGCCAUGCAGAUUGCACUGUUGUCAUGUUGCUGGGGGGGGGGGGGGUUGGCCAAUUCACGAGAUAAUAAACAUAAAUAUACUUUUGUUUAUUGAAUCAUCAAGAAAUUGCUACGAAUAGGACCCCAAAAGAACAAAAGAAGUGGAUGUGCAUAAUAUUAGGCAAAACUGAAGAAGUUAUAUUGCAGGAACACAUACUUCACAAUGGUGGACAACUAGCAGCUUUCCACAAGGAUGGUAAAAUCAUCAAAACAUCCAGGUCUCCCCUGGAUGUCCCCCAUCCUUGCAGACGGCCAAUUAUUUUACACCAGAAGCGACUUUCAAUUUCUCAAGUUGCUCCUGACACAAAAAAGCCAGCUCUCCAGAUGUCAUUGAACUUCCAAUCCCUAUUAGUGAUGAGUGGAUAUUGAGGUUGCUGACAUCAUCUCAGUCACCAUCUACUUUUCAUCAAUUUCCCCAUCUAAAAGUAAUUCCUUGCCUCAAGAGUAUAUAGCAUAAUUUUUAUUCAUUUUUGCAGUAAGAGAUGUAAAGAAUACCCAUUAAUUUUCAUAUUCUUGAUGUAAGAGGGUGCCUUUAACACUCGAGACUUUCCACUAAGAAAUUGUAAAUUGUUCCAAAACUGUUUGGAUUUGGGGCAAAAAACCCCAACCCGUUUUUCUUCAAGCACAUUUUGCAUAGAAAACUGGUUUUUGUGUGUGUGUGCAAAAUACAUUUCAUUUGCACUAGAUUCAGUUUUCUUGUUGAAAUGAUCUCCCUUCCCCUAAGGUGAGAAUGAAAUAAGGAUCUGGGAUAAACUGUCAGAAAAUAAGUAAACACUCUAGAAUCCAAACCUGUUACCUGACUUUUAAAAAUUGUUGUUGAGAAAGCACGUUUAGAUUAAGAGAAGAUGACUGAUGGUUAUGGGACAGAUACUGAAAUGUUCACAUAUCUAUGGAAUGCCUGUUACUACCUCUGAUGUUGAAUGUAUUUCUAAAUGUAUCAAAACUGCACAGCAAUGACAACUUGUUUAUUUACAUUUGAAUUUUUGCAACCUAGCAUUUUCCAAAAGCCUAUUAGUAUAACAACAUAUGAAUGAAAUCAGAUAUGCAAGGCUUAACUUAAGCUUUGGAUGUUCGGAUUCAAGAAUUUAGAUAUUUAUAUUUCAUGCUAAUAAAAAAGGCCUUUGGAAUGUCUAAAUUUGAAA